ACAUUUUCUUGCGAGUGUUUUACAGGUUAUUCGGGAGAAAAUUGUACAGCCUUUUCUUGUGAAUCAAUCAAUCAUUGUUCAGGACAUGGAAAUUGCAUUGAACCUGACCUCUGUGAGUGUGAUGCUGGCUAUACUGGCGUUGAUUGCGCAUCUCCUUCAUGUGAAAGUCUUGGAUAUUGUUCUCGUAAUGGACGAUGUACUUCAUUUGACGUGUGCGAAUGCUAUUCCUCCUGGUCUGGUGAAAGAUGUGACCGUUCCUUUUGUACUGGUAAUUGCAAUGGACGUGGAGAUUGUGUUGCUUUAGAAACAUGCGAAUGUUAUUUAGGUUUUGAAGGAGAUACUUGCCAGAAUAUUCAACAAGAGAACCAAAAUCAACCGAUGUUUGAUUAUGAAGAGUUGAAUAUAACUAUUGCUGAAAAUAUCACUGUUGGAACGUAUCUUUUAACGGUACAUGCAAGUGACAACGACACAGGAAAAAACGGUGAAAUAUCGUACCGCAUUCUAUCUUCUGAAGAAUCUAGCUUUUUCUCAAUAGAUCAAGACAAUGGAAAUGUAUUUACUGCUGCAGAAUUCGAUUAUGAAAGCCAAAAUUCUGAUAUCACUCUGUCAAUAGUUGCUGAAGACAAUGGUUCUCCACCUAUGAAUGAUUAUUCUACCAUUGACAUCACAUUGCAUGAUAUUAAUGACAACUGUCCUGAAUUUGUAGGAGAAUAUCCGGACAUAACUAUUCCGCUAAACACAACUAAUGGGACAGUUAUUACUAAUAUUUCAGCAACAGAUUCAGACACUGGUGAAAACGGAUAUGUUACGUUAUCAAUUAAGGUUGAGGGCGACGAUUCAAAAUCAAUAUUUGAAUUAGAUUCGGACAGUGGAGAGCUAACUGUCUCUGGGUAUUUACAGUCAGGAGAGUAUGUAAUCAAGGUCAUCGCUUCGGAUAACGUAGAACAGCCAUGUAUUACCGAGAAAGCGUUUUCA